ACACAAAUCAAGACAGACACCAACCAGAACACAACACUUCACCUUUCAGAGUUUGAAGUCUCCGUCAACAGUUGUCAUUGAAACACCACACAGUAUCCUCAACCAACAAGAUUCCAACUUUGAUUCCCAAUCCGCAAUUUCAACAACACCCAGAAACGUUUCCACUUGAAUCCCUCGAAAUUCACACCCACCCACCUCAGAAUUUUUGGUUUCACCUCCUUCCAAGCCAUGAAUUUUAGGAGCCUGGAAGAUUUCUGGGCCUUCUACAUGAACCAGCACUCCAAGGCUUCCACAAGGCGCUGGCACUUCGCAGGAACACUCUUCAGCAUUCUCUUUUUCUUUUGUUCCCUCUUGUUCAGUUGGUGGUUCUUGCUCCUUGUCCCUUUCUCUGGGUAUGGAUGUGCCUUCUAUAGCCACUUGUUUGUAGAGAGGAAUUUCCCUGAGACUUUGAGACACCCCUUUUGGUCCCUCAUGUGUGACUUCAAGAUGUUCGGGUUCAUGCUCACUGGCAACAUGGAUAGGGAGAUCAAAAGGCUUGGGAAGAGACCUGUGCUGCAAGUGUUUUGAUUUUUGUAUAAGCUUUUGGUGAUUAUUAUUGUUAUUAUUAUUAUUUUGAAUAAACAUUGAAACUGGAUUUUUUAAUGUAUUUUUUUAGAAUUUUUUUUAAUUGCUUUAAUAAGUUAUUUGGGUGUGUGUGGAUGAUUUUGCUGUAUAUUGUGGCUGAAUGGACCCAAUAUGUGUGUGAUGAUGCUGCAACUUGAUGGAGUGUGGUGAGACAGAUUUUGUUGAGACAUUAUAGCUUAAUAGGUAAGUGGAGCUAAAGGGAAUCGGAUGAAUAUGGUUUAA